CCACGAUUGAUUGCCUGCAGCGCAUCCACCAGGGCCCUGGUUGCUAAGCCUCCGCCUAUUACGACGACGCCUGCCGCGCUGGAGAGGAGCUGGGCUGAGUUUGAGGUGCUCGGACGCACGACCUGCUUUCUGUGCGCUGUGAGAGCUUGAUCAAGGUCCUGCAUACGUCAUUUCUCACCCUCCCGCUUCGACAACAAACAGGCAGCACCACUGCCACAAUUCUCCCUCAACAAGCACUUCCCUUCUCCGCUUCGUACGCCGCCGCCGCCGCCGCCGAUACGACUUGUGAGCAGCACAGGCACUCGUGACAGUACGCCCACGAUGGAGCCCUUCACAAAGCUCAAGCGUCGCUCUACCGACCUGAUGCAGCAGGUCCAACAGAACCUCCCCGCCAUGCCGCAGAUGCAGAUGCCGUUGCUUCGGCGUCAGUCGCACACCCAGCCGCACCCGUCAUCGCCAAAAGACAGGAACGGCCUCAAGGGCACAUGGGAGCGCAUCGACAUCCCGUCCCUGCCUCGUUCAUCACACUCUCUCAAUGUGGUCUCCGGCUCGGCUUACGUAUUUGGCGGCGAGAUCAACCCCCGCGAGCCCGUGGACAACGAUAUGCAUGUCAUCCGCCUGCCCUUUAGCAGCGCCGGUGCCGACUACUACAAGGUCAAAGCAAAGCCCGCAGCGCCUGAGGAUCCGACGCCUAACACAGUGCAAGAGCGAGGAGAGGAGACGGAGGGCUCGGUGACGCCCCAGGCCGGGCUUGACGACGUGCCACUGGAGGAGAGCACGCUGAACAAGGGAAAGGAACCCGCCACGGACAUCAGACCAGACCUCGGCGACGUCCCUGCCCCUCGAGUUGGCCAUGCCACCGCUGUCAUUGGCUCGCGCAUUUUUCUUUUUGGUGGGCGAGGUGGUCCGGACAUGAAGCCGCUCGAGGAGGCCGGCCGUGUCUGGGUCUAUGACACUCGCUCCUCCACGUGGACCUUCCUUGACCCAGUCCCGGCAGUCAAAGGCGGUGCCAUCAUCCCUCACCCAGCUCCUCGCAGCUAUCACUGCGCAACCGCCACAGACCACCCGCAGGACCCAGUCUCCUCGCCGCCGCCAAAGGCCAAGACAUGGCGGCAGUGGGCGCUUGGCGACACGUCGCGUACGGGCAUCCCACAGGACCCCAUUGUCGGCAAUGUUGCCGAGGAUGCAGUGGACCAGGAGUCCAUCGGCUACGGUACCUUCUUUAUCCACGCUGGCUGUCUUACCAACGGGGAUCGCACCAGUGAUCUGUGGGCUUUCGACGUCCGCGCGCGCACUUGGAUGGAGCUUCCUGCGGCACCCGGCCCCUCCCGCGGUGGGACUUCCAUUUGUAUAAGCAAGAGCAGGCUCUUCCGCUUUGGCGGCUUCGAUGGAGAGAAAGAGAUUGGUGGGCAGCUCGACUUCCUACACCUCGAACUAGGGACGUUCAACGACCGGACGACCAAGGCUGAGAUCUCUAUCCAUGCUCGUCCUGGCGGGUGGCAAACCAUUCUUGCCAACAACAUCGAUGCCUCCUCGACCGAGAUCCCCAUUGAGGCUUCCCAGCCCUGGCCCGCGCCCCGCAGCGUCGCCUCCCUACAGGCUCUCACCAUUGGCGGCGGCCGCGAGUACCUCGUGCUGAGCAUGGGUGAGCACAGCCCCAGCUCCGAUGGCCAUGAGGGCGCGGGUACGUUCUACAGCGACGUGUGGACCUUCCAGGUCCCGCCGCUGGGCAUGUCGGCCGCGAGCUUGACGGACGCCAUGCUGCAGGCCGUCGGGAGGAAGACGGGUGAGGGUAGGUGGACCAAGGUGCCGACCAGCCCGUACGACGACGAGGCCGACGACGGCGAGCCGGCGCCCAGAGGCUGGCUGGCGAGUGCACCAAUGACAGACGUGGAGGAGAGCGGCAUCGUCUUCUGGGGAGGCCUGGGUGAGGAUAACAAGCGCAUAGGCGACGGUUGGAUCUUGAGGCUGGGCAACUAUUGACCGAAGGCGUGUACUUGAGACAGGCGGGAAGCCGGCUUCUUGGUCUGUCGGGCGGAUGGAAUGGAUCUUGUGAGGUUACUGGCGAGAUUGUCUAAAAAAGCCCAAGGAAAUGGAAAAGCGUAAAACCUCGUCUAUACCUGGUGGUAUUUUAACAAUGUUAUGUACAAUGAAGUCGGCG